AUGGCGUACGCCAAACUUGCAGCCCUGGGCGUGCUCGUGGUCGUGGUCCUACUGCAGGCGUCAACCGGCACCGUCGCCCGCUCUUCGUCGGCGUCUAAGGUCUAUGGCAUGCCGGCGGUGAUGUCAGUCAACGGGUUCGAGCGCGGCGAGGACGGCGGCCCGCCGGCGGAGUGCGACGGCAAGUACCACAGCGACAACGACAUGUUGGCGGCGCUGUCCACGGAGUGGUACCAGGGCGGCAUCCGGUGCUUCAGGGCGAUCCGCAUCACCAGAGCGGACAACGGGAAAAGCGUGCUGGCCACGGUGGUGGACGAGUGUGACUCCAAGCACGGCUGCAAGAACAACAUCGUGGACACCUCCAGGGCCGUGUGGGAGGCGCUCGGGCUCGACACCAACGUCGGCGAGGUGCCCGUCACAUGGUCAGACUCCUGA